UAUAAUUUACUGUGAUGGUCAGAGGAGGCUGUGGUUUAUAACUAUGCGAGGUCUAUUGUUGACGGAACCACUAGUUACGGUACAGAAAUAUUGGACUAUGGAGGGAAUUCCUUCUCCUUUUAUAUUAUCCUUGAAAUGCAAAAUUGCAAAAAACCUAUAUACGUCGACACGCAAUUCAAAAAGGAACAUUCCUGUCAAACUUCAUGAAAAUUCAUUGCCGCGUUUUGCCGUAAAUGCGGUACAUACAUAAAGAGAAAUGCAAAUCCAUCGACUCAUUUUUGUGCUAUUGAAAUGACGUCAUCUUUAAAUAAAAGAGCUUGCCAUCCAUAUACAAACCAAUGAUUUAGAUAAAAAAGCAGCCAUUGAGCAGUGCGUUGCCACUGGAAGCGCAUCAGCACAAUGGUCGUUAUAGUUGAACUAGAAAAUCUUCUGACUUGGAGGAUAUGCGGAGCAGAGAAAAAUAGAGAUACAGCUGCCGCAAUGUUGCCGUGCCAAAGCAGAAGGCGUUCUGUAGUCUUGAGUGAAUGUUCAACACUCCAUGAUACGCUUACCUAGUAACCUCUCUGAAAGCACUGAAUCAACUGAUCUUGUUUUGAUAACUUGGCAACCGCGCUUGUCUCUAAGACUCUAUUCAUCACUGUAAUUAUUGGUUGAACUGGUUCUCCAUCUCCCUCCAUAUCUCUGCUCUGCAUAUCCCUCCAAAUCGAAAGUUCUUCUAAUUCAACUAGAAUUUUGUAUGGUGUCUUCUCAUCUCCCUUAACAUCGUUGUUGGGGUGAGUUUCUUUCCUCAAAAUACUCCUGCAGGCUUUCGUAAGGUCUUCCCACGCACGAGAUAACUGAUAAUUCUUUAGUUUGUUCUUGAAUAUGGUGGUGUGAUUCAAGAAUUACAAAAUAAUUUAGAUUAUUUGACUUAGUCGAUCAGUCGACAAAAAACAUCUAUAUGAUCAUCUCAUACUAUUCAUGAGAAGAUUUAUUACCAACAUCAUGGUUCUGCUUUCCUGUUCUGCUUCAAGCGAAGAUAAUAAUUAUAGCAUGAGUUUGUGAAAUGUAGUAUCAAUAGCAAAAAAAGAAGAAAACCAAGAUUACAUCUGAAUAUGAAUCCUGAAUCCUAUUUCAAUAAUACGUUGAGGAAUCAGGCCAAAUUAGAUCUUUCAUAAUUAAAGAUAGAAAUAUAUUAUGAAUAAAGUAAUAUUUAAUAUUCUAGUCCUAGGGACAUAAUAAUGUUCCACAGAUUGCAAAUGAAUAUUUUCAUCAAAUUUGACAAUAACCCUAAAGAUGUGAUAUGAUGUUGAAUAUUGUUGUACAGUUGGUAGUAAUUUAGAUAAUGUUAAUUUUCAAGGAAACGCGGAGAAGGCAGUUGGCAGAAGCUGCUGAUAAACGCCAACAAGAACAGGAGAACAGAGGAAUAAAAGAUCCAGAAAAAGUUAAGCGAAUGAAACAAAGAUCUGAAGAAAUGGAGAGACGGCAAGAAGAGGCAGCUCGCCAUGGUGGCAGUGGGUCAGAACUCAAGUGGCAAGUUACAAGCUGAAUAAAUGAUGCAGUCUCGAUGAUGCUGCAUACUUCUCUACUUCUAGUUUGAAAAUCUAUUGGUUAUCAUUAUAUUUAUAGAAUAGAAUAUGUCCUAUAAUCAUGUGAUAAGCCGAAAUUUUCAAUUGUUAUUCAAGUCAAUGAAACCCUUCAAGAGGCUAGAGAAUUGUCAAGUCAAUUAUUCAAUGUUUAUUAUGUAUAUUGAAGAUUUUAUAUGUACUUAUAUUGUGUAUUGCAAAUCUAGUCAAAAAACUAAUGAGCAAUUCUCUAAUUACAAAAAUAAAUUAUUACAAACAUCUUCACAUUAUUGAUCUUUGAAUUGAUACAUACGUAUGCAAAUCAAUGUUGAUGUAUAUUUUGUAUACUCUUUCGCAAUCGGCUUCGUGUGUGGAAUAAUAAAUAGUAAUUAUAAUAAUUAUUGUUGAUAAUAUGUAAAAGAUAAACUGCCUUAUUUUGAAUAGGUGAGUAUUGAAUGCAGAUCUUAUAAUUAGAUAUAUGCAAUAAUAGUGAGCAUUUAUUAUGUAUUCCUAGGUUAUUUUUGUUUUUUUUUUUUAAAUAAAAAUUAUGUUAUUAUGCUGAUUAUCUGUUUAAUAAUGUGAUUUCAACCAUUUAUUGAAGGUUACAAAUCAAAAUUAUUUUUACAAGUAGUGAGAAUAAUUAUUUAUAUUUCCUUUGUAGCCUAUGUGAAACUUGAUAGCUUAAGUGUAAUUUGAUUGUAUGGUAUGAGAUUUGGUAUUUCUCCAUAAUUGAAAGAAUAAGAUGCUAAGUUGUGAAUGUCUAAUUCUUUCAACUAUUUGAAACAGGCUACUUCAUCAGUUUACCUGAAAGAUCCUCAACUUUUACAGUAAAAUAGAAUAAAAAUAAUAUUGCAAACCCCUCCUGACUCACUUGAAAUAUAAUAUUUUUAAGCUAAUCAUCAUUUUUGUUGAAAUAAUAAAAGUAUACUUCUGUUAAGUUUAA